AUGUCUGAUAAAAUAAAAAUUAAAUUUCAACAAACUAUACAUGCUUUUGAUGUAUUAACUUAUAAUCAAAGAUUAUUGAGAGAUAAUAAUAUUAAUGAAAAUGAUGAAAUAGAGUAUUUAGAUUUGCUUUUUUGGGUAAAACGUUAUGUAGAUCAAAGAAAAAUUGUUGAACAACUUGAAAAUCAACUUAAAUGUGUUACAUCAAAAACAAAAUCACAAAGUCAACAAAUUCAUGAUCAACGAAAACGUCGUCUUAAUUCUUCAAAUCGUGCUAUGCAAUUACAUAAAACAAUUGAACAAAUUUAUGAUUUAAUAAAUUAUCAUGGUCAACAUACAUCACCCAUUGAUCAAUUACAUUAUAUAAAAAGAUUAUGCGAAGAUAAAUUAAAAAAAGACAAAAGUUUAUCAUCGGAUGAAGAUGAUGAUGAACUUGAUAGUCAUAAUUGUACAAUUGAUGAUGAACAAAAUGAAAGUCUUAUAAUACCUCCACGUGUUGUUCUUCCACAAUCAUCAACAAAGAAACAUUUAUUAAAUGAUGAUGAUGAUGAUGAAAAGAAUUUACAUAAAAUUCAUUCAUCACCUAAACGUUUUCGAUAUGAUAAUUCACAAGAAUUUCGUACUAAAACAACAUUUGAAUGUUAUAAUUCAACUCAACCAUUUACUAUUUCAACUGAUAUUCAAAUGAUUGAUCAUUCAUCAUCAUCAACUAUAAAUAGUACAAAAACAGAAUCAACAUCAUCAAUUGAACAAACGUUACCGUUAACGACAAUAACACCAUCAAAAAUGCCUGUAAUAACACAUCGAUUUAUAUCAAAAAAGAUUUUUAAACCAGAAACUUGUUUUGUCUGUUUCAAACGAAUCAAUUUUGGUUCUGUAUCGUAUCGUUGUUCAUAUUGUUCUCAAUCAAGUCAUGUUAAUUGCAAAGAAAAUGCAAAUUCUGAUUGUAAAUAUAUAUUAAAUAAAGCAAUGUUACCACCUUAUUCUCCUAAAACACCUAAUAUUCCAACAUUAAAAACUUCUCAUCAUCCACGAAUGGCUAAUUCAGAACCUCGAAAAACAAUUAUAUCAUCAUCAAAUACAUUAACUAUUCAACGACGUUUACCAUUUGAACGUAUGAUCCUAUUAAAAUAA